AACCAAACUCAGCAAAAACCGCUAUAAUAAAUAUCAUGACUUCUUCUAUAAAUCGUGCCUUCUCCCCUAUGUAUACACCCAGUUGUUCCUCGACUACAAAUUGUUCUUCUCUUCCGAUUUUCUCUUCUACUGUCAUUGUUUCUCAUCUUCCAGUUUCAGCAAUAAUUAGUAGUUGCCGCCUACUCUGCAAACAGAGGCACCUCUUGCGAUUCACUGAAGCAAACAGAGGGACUGGGAAAAGAAGUGCAGCACCUCUUUCAGUAAAGAAUAUGGCCAUUACAGAAAUAAGAGAAGAAGAGGAAGAAGAGGCGCCUCCGCUUCUUGAGGAAAUUGAAGGGGCUUUCAAGCCUCGGCGCAUCGCUCUGUUUGUAGAGCCUUCUCCUUUUGCUUAUGUGUCUGGAUACAAAAAUCGGUUUCAGAAUUUCAUCAAAUAUCUGCGGGAGAUGGGCGAUGAGGUCAUGGUUGUAACGACCCACGAAGGGGUACCCCAGGAAUUUUAUGGAGCAAAAUUAAUUGGGUCACGAAGCUUCCCCUGCCCCUGGUAUCAAAAGGUGCCCCUUUCACUAGCACUCAGUCCUAGAAUAAUCUCCGAGGUUGCCAAGUUCAAGCCUGACAUAAUACAUGCAUCGUCACCUGGAAUAAUGGUAUUUGGCGCUCUGAUCAUUGCAAAACUACUCUGUGUGCCUAUUGUGAUGUCAUAUCAUACUCACGUUCCAGUGUACAUUCCAAGAUACACCUUUAGCUGGUUGGUGACACCUAUGUGGUUAGUUAUAAAGUUUCUUCACAGAGCUGCUGAUCUUACUCUGGUACCUUCUGCUGCCAUUGGGAGGGAUCUUCAGGCAGCUCGCGUAACUGCAGCUAAUAAGAUACGUCUCUGGAAUAAAGGUGUUGAUUCUGAAAGCUUCCAUCCAUGCUACCGCAGCUAUGAUAUGCGUAUUAGACUAAGCAAUGGGGAACCUGAGAAACCGCUGAUAAUCCAUGUUGGGCGGCUGGGAGUUGAGAAGAGUUUGGAUUUUCUAAAGAGGGUCAUGGAUAGGCUUCCAGAAGUGCGGAUUGCUUUUAUUGGGGAUGGGCCAUAUAGGGGUGAGCUGGAAGAGAUGUUCUCUGGCAUGCCUGCCGUAUUCACAGGAAUGUUGCAAGGAGAGGAACUCUCUCAGGCAUAUGCUAGUGGGGAUGUGUUUGUGAUGCCUUCUGAAUCAGAGACCCUUGGACUUGUUGUCUUAGAGGCCAUGUCAUCAGGAGUUCCAGUUGUGGCAGCCCAGGCUGGGGGUAUCCCUGACAUUAUUCCCACAGAUCAGGACGGAAAAACAGGCUUCCUUUAUAAUCCAGGAGAUAUUGAGGACUGCCUGAGCAAAUUGCAACCUUUAUUGUUAAGCCAAGAGUUGAGAGAAACCAUUGGAAAAGCUGCACGUCAGGAGAUGGAGAAAUAUGAUUGGCGAGCAGCCACCCGAACAAUAAGGAAUGAGCAAUACAAUGCUGCAAUUUGGUUUUGGAGAAAGAAAAGAGCACAGUUUCUGAGACCUAUACAAUGGAUAGUGAGACGAAUUUUCCGCUCACCAGAAGUUAACUAUGGAUGAUGUUAAGAUCACCUGAGCUCAAAAAGCUGACUGUACAAAGUUUACUUUUGAUGAUCUUUAAGAUCUCCUUGUCUAAAACGAAGCCCUU